CGAUCCAAUGCCACAAGAUUCCUACAAACUCCGUAGCCCCUCUCUCUAUAAAUACUGAGACGGAGACGUGGUCCUCCCUGACUAACUAGAGUCAUCCUCCUCGCUCUAAAUGAAGAGCCUAGAACAGAGCAAGAAAGAAAGAACAGGGGCGACUUGAGCUUUCUUACCUCCAAAACGACACAGCAAUGGCAAAGAGACUUGACAUCGUUUUUCUUGCAGUAAUAGCUGUUGCAGCUUUUCUACAAAGCUCUGUGGCACAGACUUCCCAUACGGUGGGUGAUGCCUUGGGCUGGACCAUUCCUCCUCCUGGCACCACAGAUUACAGCAACUGGGCUGCCGGCAAGACCUUCUCCGUUGGCGACUUCCUUGUCUUUAACUAUACAACCGGCGCCCACGAUGUAGCUAGAGUGACAAAGGCAAAUUUUGAUGCCUGCAAUGGCUCUAGUCCCAUUUCCCUUAAAACGCGCGGUCCCACGAAUAAGACUCUCAGCACGGUUGGAGAGCAUUACUACAUCUGCACCUUUUCUACCCAUUGCAGCUCGGGUCAGAAGUUGGCAAUUAAUGUCUCUGCAGCUACUUCUCCGGCUCCUCAACCCAGCACCACCUCUCAUCCAUCCACCAUCGCCUCUCCUCCAUCUGAGCGGCCUAUUCUAUUUUGUGUUAUUCCAUCAACAACACAAUUCCCAGAAUUUUGAAACUUUCUUCCCAUUUGUUACUUGAAAUAGUAUAAUGCUUAAUUAUUGACAAAUUCUCCCGUUCAUACCUCCUCACUUCCCCCGCGUCCUCACGAGCUGCGGAUGUAUUAUAAGAGAAAUAAUAUCUAUAGUGGUAGAUGUGUAAGUGACGUAUGUUUAGUUGAUAUAAAUUAAUGUAUUUUAAAAGAAAAAAUAUUUACGAAUGUAUAAGUGACGUGUAUUUAUUUGAUAUAAAUUAAAAUAAAUAAAAUUUUACAAAAAUGUUAAUUUUA